AUGAAAAUUGCAGCUGAAGAUCAAAUUAAGAAGAAAAUUAAACAGGCUCAAGAUGCUCAUAAAGCAGCCGAUGAACGGCAAAGUCAUGACAAGAAACGAACAAGUGGGAAAGAAAGGCCAGUAUUUCAACCAGCAUUGCCUCAAAACCAUAAACCUGCUGCACCCGGUGAAUAUGGUCGUCCAGUCGAUGUUCCUAAAGAAUAUCAACAACUAAGUGAAGAGCUAUUUCAAAGAAAUCACUUUAAUCAGUGGGUCAGUGAUCGAAUUUCCUUACAAAGAACAUUGCCUGAUCCUCGUCCCGAAAUGUGUAAAAGUAUGACUUAUCCGGUCGAUUUACCUUCUACAAGUGUAGUUAUCGUCUUUUAUAACGAGGCAUGGUCAACUUUAAUGCGAACUGUCCAUAGUGUAUUAGAUCGAUCUCCACCAGAUCUCUUGCAUGAAGUAAUUCUAGUCGAUGAUAGCAGUGAUGAACUUCAUCAGCCAUUAGAAGAAUAUGUUCGACAGCUUGAUAAAGUUCGACUACAUCGUAAUUCUCAGCGAGAAGGAUUAAUCCGAGCGCGAUUACGAGGCCUGGAGCAAACAUCAGCCCCCAUCGUCACAUUCUUGGAUGCUCAUUGCGAAGUUACAAUUGGGUGGUUGGAGCCUUUACUGAACCGAAUUCAUCAAGAUCGUACUACAGUGGUUUGCCCAGAAAUUGAUUCUAUCGAUUUGAAUAAUUUCGCCUAUAAAUAUGGACCUAGUGGUGUUUUACGAGGCACAUUUAAUUGGGAUUUAAGCUUUAAAUGGUCGAUUGCUCCUACAUCAGAACGACUACGUCGCACCUCAGCGACAGAUCCUAUGAGAUCGCCAACUAUGGCUGGUGGGUUAUUUGCUAUAGAUCGCGAAUAUUUUUUAGAACUUGGAACAUACGAUAGAGGAUUAGAAAUUUGGGGUGCCGAAAAUAUGGAAUUAUCUUUUAAGGUUUGGCAAUGUGGUGGUAAAUUGGAAAUUAUUCCUUGCUCUCAUGUUGGUCAUGUAUUUCGUGAGGUUCAGCCUUAUGAUACAUCUGUAUCUUUACACAGUAUUGCUAAUAAGAACUAUCAACGUGUGGCCGAAGUAUGGAUGGAUGACUAUAAAAAAUUUUUCUAUCAGCGCCAUCCCUAUCUAACUGAUCAAUCUUUUGGCGAUAUAAGUGAAAAUUUAAAAUUACGCCAAAGGCUAAAGUGUAGAAGUUUCCGAUGGUAUUUACAAAAUGUGUUUACCGAUGUAAUAUUGCCAAAUGAGACGGCGAUAGCUACGGGCAAAGUUAGAAAUCCAAUCUCUAAUAUGUGCCUUGACACAUUCGGCCGAACAUCCAAUACUUUUCUUGGAUUAUCUCCAUGUAAUAUCCAGCGAGAUACAAUGCUGUUUGCAUACACUUCAAGAAAAGAAAUUUCCUGGAAUGAUGCUUGCCUAGAUGCAUCAUUUAUUAUGCCUGGCUUCAAAAUCCAAAUGGCAGAAUGUCAUCGCAUAGGUGGCAAUCAAAAAUGGCUACACCAAAAGAAAGAUGUUAUUAAGCAUGUCCACAGUGGCUUGUGUAUCGAUCGUGGAACUGACUUAAAUCCUGUGAUCUUACCAUGCAAUGGUAGCCUAACUCAAGUUUGGACCUUUGAUUAUUACACUGUAAAUUCUGGAAACAAGCUAAUGCGCUAA